CGUCAUGCGCACGAGUCGGUAAACUGUUCUAUAUUAUGUUCUAAGACUAGUAUUUAAUUAGAAGUGAUAAGUGGAUAAACAAAGAAAAUUGUUGUGUUGUGAAGGAAAUUCACUGUUAUUCUGGCAUUUGUAGUGACUGUUCGUGUAUUUAGAAACUGGAGUAGAACAAUGGCUGCAAAAGCCUUGUCAACGGAGGAUAGUAAGCCGAAGUUCAUAAUAGACAAUGACGCUGGUGGUGAUGAUGCCAUGGCUAUAUUCCUGGCUUUGCUCUACGAAAGACAUUUUGACGGACCAAAACUUGUGGCACUGACAACUGGGAAUGGAAACACGAACGAAGAUAACGUAUACUACAACAACCAGAGGAUACUCAGAGUUGCCAACAGACAAGAUGUGCCAAUCUACAGAGGUUCCAAGGCAUCUCUAGUAACAACUCCUUCGGUGACAGACUAUUAUGGCAAAGAUGGUUUGGGAGACAGUGGGCAAACAUUCCCUGAUCUCGUGCCUGCGAAGAUUGAAAAUGCUGUUAACGCACUCAUUGAUUACUCUAAGACUUAUGAAGGUAACCUAACAGUAAUAACAAUCGGGACCUUGACAAAUGUAGCGUUGGCAAUAAAAUUAGACCCCGGUUUUUUGUCAAGGCUUAACCAUUUAUACAUUGGCGCAGGACAUAUUCAAAGUCCCGAGAAUACGACUCCAGAAUUCAACGCUCACAUGGAUGUAGAAGCAUAUCACGUUGUGGCACAGAACGCUACUCCGGACAAAGUUACAGUAUUCCCCUUCUCACAAGCCAAGCAGUAUCUUAAUUUUACUAAGGACUGGCGGCAGAACCUGUUAGGAGCUAUAGACACAGAAAUAAUGAAAGCUCAGAAUAAAUAUGAGAAGGUGUCCUUAGCGUACGAAGGUACCUGGCAGGCACUUGAUCCUGCUACAGUCUCCCUGUUCCUGAGACCAGAUCUGGUGGAAGAGUACAAGUAUUCGAAGAACGAUAUAACUGUUUGUGGUGAAAAAAGAGGCAUCUGCACGAACGAAUUCGUUGAAAAAGAAAAAGCAAACGUCAGGAUAGCUUAUUCAGUAAAAACAGAAGAAUACAGAGAAUUCUUAUUAGAUGUUUUCAAAGUAGAACUGAAACCUUCCAAAAAAUAUGAAAAAAUAUGAAAGUUAGCUAUGGUUAUAUGAUUUUGUAUUUGUAAAUGCGAAAAUACACAAUAUUUUUAAAUUG